AAAAGAGUUCCGCAACGAAGCGUGUAAAUGACGUUGUCCACGGUGCUCUUGCAUGCAGACGAUUGCCAUAAACACGCCUUUUCGGUUGGUAAUAUAUGGAACGGUAAAAGACUAGGACUUGGGAAGGUCAAGGGCCGAAUUUGUAGAUCAACAUGUCAAGUCUUUUUUCCAAAGUGGCUUUCUACCCAACAUUGGUUUACAACAUCUUCUUAUCCAAGGUUACCAGUAGGAACUGGUAUGACCGCAUCGAUGAAACUGUUCUCCUUGGGGCUUUACCACUGCGAGGAAUCACCAAGCAGCUUGUUGAGGAAGAGAAUGUGCGAGGCCUGGUAUCUAUGACGGAGGAUUUUGAGAUGAGUCAGUUUGUGAAUUCCGAGGAGGAAUGGUUGAAGGUUGGUAUCACACAACUGCGACUGCAGACAGUGGAUUAUGUGGGGACUCCUACGCAGGAAAACAUCAACCAGGCCGUCAACUUCAUUCUGCAGCACAGAGAGCGCCGAGAGAGUGUGUACGUCCACUGUAAGGCUGGCAGGACAAGGAGCACCACAAUAGUGGCCUGUUAUCUCAUCAAGGUCAAUGGGUGGACGCCAGAUGAAGCUGUAGAUUUCAUCAAAACAAAGAGAAGUCAUAUAUGGUUACGAGAAAAACAGCUUAAAUCGAUUAACGAUUAUUACUCCAACUGGAAAGACUUCAAAACCAUUGGCGGAGCCUGAGUAACCUGUUGGUAGUGCUCUAGAAUUGUUUUAUGUCUUGGCUCGGAUUUGGCUGGCACUGGCUUUUUGUUCAAUAGUACCACAGCUAAAGCUUAAGCUGAAUUGCAGUUUUCAGCUGUAGCCAUCAUCAUGAUUUGCUGCAUAUUCUAAAACAGUAGAAAGCAGUUGAAUGGGCAGGACCCAUCUCUUGUGACUGUACGGCCAAGUUGUCAGACUUUUUACAGGUUUAUCAAAGCUGACUAGAGUCAUCGGAAAGAGGAUGAUCACAUUGAGGCAUCCUCGAUACUCCAGAGGUUAGGCUCACUUUUGCCCACUGCACCCCUGGAAUGUAUCUUAGCAAAAUUGAAGGCAGUUUUGUUUGUUUGUUUUUGUUUAUGUCCUAUUAACAGCUAUGGUCAUUUAAGGACGUGCCAGGUUUUGAUGGUGGAGGAAAGCUGGAGUUUCCAAGGAAAAAGACCGACCUACUGCUUUUACUGGCGACUGCAUGCCUAACGUAGGCCUCAAACUCGCGAUCGUGUGGUGGAGAGCUAGUGGUAGCAGAAUGUCCGACGCCUUAACCACUUUGCCACUGCGACCCCUUGAAGGCAGGUGUCUGGCUAUUUCAUUGGUCUCGGGUAAAAAAAAACUGACCAAUCUCUAAGAUCACACAUAUCCUUUGAAAAUUACAGAGGAGCGACACUGACAGUUAAUUUAGCGUUUACGCGACUGACAGAUUUCAUUUGAUGUGUGAACACACCAAAGGAUCAAACUAAUCUUCUUGUCUCAUCCACAAGGUGGCGCACACUACGCGUUUAAUUUUGUCAUGACACAUUCCAGGGAUGCAGAGAGCGUAAGGGAGCGUAACCCCUGGAAUAUCGAGGCUGAGACCUUGAAUAUCGAGGCUGAGAUUUAGAUGGAUGUUUUCAGUCAGUGUGUAUAAUAUAGGAUUGUUUAUGAAUAUUUUCAAAUCUGAAGGCAGUGAUAAACAUGAUAUAUGCUACCUUACCUAUUAUAUUAGUUUUUAUCACUUUGCAAUUUUCUGUUGCAUGCUCGAAAAAAGGUAAACCUAUGGAUUCUGUCUUGAUUUCAGCAAUUUAGAAGAUUUCGAAAUAAUGAGGUGUUUGCGGUAUGUAAACCGAAAAAAAUGAAGCAUUUAUCUAAAAUUUCUCACAUAGAUUAAAAUGAACAUAUCAUGUAUAAGAAACCUGAUGUACAUUUAAGCGUUGAACUGCUUUUAGUUGGCAUUCAUAGGCAAUAUGAAUGCCAACUGGACAAAUUCAAUGAAGUGUAUAUUGCCUAUGAAUGCCAAC